CUUCCGUAGACUACAAGCUCUACUGAGUCGGGGAGGACGGUUGCUUGGUAUUAGUAAGCGGAAGGUAUGGCGGUGGCGCGCGUCGAUGCGGCUUUACCUGCCGGAGAAGGAUCAGUGGUCAAUUGGUCAGGGCAGGGACUACAGAAAUUAAGUGCAAACUUACCCUGUGAAGUUGAUAUUCAUACUUUGAUUCUGGAUAAAAAUCAGAUUAUUAAAUUGGAAAAUCUUGAGAAAUGCAGACGAUUAAUACAGUUAUCAGUGGCUAAUAAUCGGCUGGUACGGAUGAUGGGUGUUGCCAAACUUACCCAACUCCGGGUGUUAAAUUUGCCUCACAAUAGCAUUGGCUAUGUGGAAGGGCUAAAGGAGCUGGUACAUUUGGAAUGGCUGAAUUUGGCAGGAAAUAAUAUCAAGGCCAUGGAACAAAUCAAUAGCUGCACAGCUCUUCAGCACCUUGAUUUAUCAGAUAAUAAUAUACCCCAGAUAGGUGAUCUAUCUAAAUUAGUAUCACUGAAGACCCUGCUUUUACAUGGAAACAUCAUCACCUCUCUUAGAAUGGUACCUGCUUAUCUACCCAGAAGUCUUGCUAUACUUUCUUUGGCAGAAAAUGAAAUCCGGGACUUAAAUGAGAUAUCUUUUUUGGCAUCCUUAACUGAAUUGGAACAAUUGUCAAUCAUGAACAAUCCUUGUGUGAUGGCAACGCCUUCCAUUCCAGGGUUUGACUAUCGGCCGUACAUCGUCAGCUGGUGCUUAAACCUCAGAGUUCUGGAUGGAUAUGUGAUUUCUCAAAAGGAAAGCUUGAAAGCUGAAUGGCUCUAUAGUCAAGGUAAGGGGAGAGCAUAUCGCCCUGGACAGCAUGUCCAGCUUGUCCAGUAUCUGGCUACAGUCUGUCCUCUCACUUCUACACUGGGUCUUCAAACUGCAGAGGAUGCCAAACUGGAGAAGAUUCUGAGCAAGCAAAGGUUUCACCAGAGGCAGUUAAUGAACCAAAGCCAAAAUGAAGAGUUGUCUUCCCUUGUUCCUACUGAAACAAGGGCAUCCCUUGUAUCCGAGCAUUCAAGCCCUGUUCAAGAUUGCCAGAUAGUCCAGGAAAAUGAACCUGUCAUUCAAGUCAAUUCUUGGGUUGGGAUAAGCAGUAGUGAUGAUCAGUUAUAUGCUGUUAAGAAUAACUUUCCAGCCUCUGUGCACACUACAAGAUAUUCUCGCAAUGACCUGCACUUGGAAGAUAUUCAGACAGAUGAGGACAAGUUGAACUGCAGUCUUCUUUCUUCAGAGUCUACUUUUAUGCCAGUUGCAUCAGGACUCUCUCCAGUUUCACCUACAGUCGAGCUGAGGUUACAAGGUAUUAACUUGUGUCUAGAAGAUGAUGGCAUUGUAGAUGAAUCUCUGAAAGCGUUGCGAAACCAGGACAUGGAUAAGAAAGAGGAAAAGCCUUUCUGGGCUGCAAAUGAGAAUUCUGUUCAAAUGAUGAAAAAUGCAGUCACUACUGAGGUAGAUGAAAAAGAGAAACUGUUACCAUGUCCUGACCCAACAGUCAGCAGUGCUAUCUUGAAAGAUGACACCCAAAAUCUUGCAUCUUUUCCUGAGUCAAUUGGACACAAUGUCUUCUGUACACAGGUAGACAGUGAAGAAACUGUGUUUCAAACAGCUUCAGAGAAACUUCCCUGCAGGGCUUUAACCCAGAGAUCUGUUGCUCUGGGAAAAGAUAAAGUUGCCCUGCAGGAAUUGAAUGAAGCUGCCACCAAGCUUCAGGCCUGUUGGCGGGGCUUUUAUGCCAGGAACUACAACACUCAAGCCAAAGAUGUGCGUUAUGAAAUCCGUCUGCAUAGAAUGCAAGAACACAUCGUCUGCCUGACUGAUGAAAUAAGAAGGUUAAAAAAAGAAAGAGAUGAAGAACGGAUUAAAAAGCUUGUACAAGAAGAGGCUGUCAAAUUCCUCUGGAACCAGGUAAGAUCUUUACAAGCUUGGCAGCAGGCGGUGGAUCAGCGUCUCAGUUCUUGGCAUACUGAUAGUCCUAUAUCAAGUACUCUGGAACCAUCUAAACUUCCAUUGUUCACCCAAAGUCAGGAACCCUCUUCUAAUCAAAAUUCUGAUUGGUUCAUUGCUCCUGAUGAAACUCCUCAAGAGAAAUCCUUACCUGAAUUUCCAGACUCUGGUUUUCAUUCCUCCCUAACAGAACAAGUUCAUGGUUUGCAGGAUUCUUUGGAUUUUGAAAAAAGUUCUACAGAAGGCAGUGAAAGUUCCAUAAUGGGGAAUUCCAUUGACACAGUCAGAUAUGGCAAAGAGUCAGAUUUAGGGGAUGUUAGUGAAGAGCAUGAUGAAUGGAGUAAGGAAAACUCAAACAAUGAGCAGGAAAAUAGUCUGCUUGAACAAUAUUUAACUUCAGUUCAACAGCUAGAAGAUGCUGAUGAGAGGACAAAUUUCGAUGAAGGAACAGGAGAUAAACUUUGCAUAGCUCAUUCCCCUGAAAAGUUAGAUGCCUUGUCUGAUAAUGCCUCUGUAGAUGAUGCUCAUGGCCUCUCUCCUUUGCAAGCUGAAAUCAGCCAGACACCAGAGAACUGUGAAUUAAAUGCAGACGAUCAAGAGCAGCAGUCUGAAUGUGAUUCUACAUUUCAGGUGUUACAUGUUGGUAUUACUGUGUAGCGUAACUGGUUGCUUGGGAAGCAGGAGUCCCUUAAUUUUUCCUUAAUAAUUUUAGUUGCAUUUUGAAGGGGAAUAUUCCUCCCAAUUCUGUUACUGUUUAUAUAGAAUUUGUAUUCUUGUCUGAUAUUUUCUGUAUACCAGAUACAGAGCUGCAUCUUUAUUUUGAUUUUAUUACCUUUUGCUUAGCAGUAAUGCAUCAAAUAUUUAUACUGAAAGCUAGAUGCACUUUCUUUCUUAACAACCAGAUUGCAUAAACAGUGUUGCUGUUCUGAAGUAAUUUUCCUUCAGAAGUAAGCUAGAAUAUCUUAAAGAAGAUGGAAGAAUUACCUUAAAGAUAUAAGUACUUAGAUUUUGAUUCUUCUGUGAGGAAAUUAAUUUUGUAGUAAGGAAUACAAUUUGUUAAAUUGAAUAUAAGUGGCAAGUAAGGGAAGAGUGAACUAUUAAAAUUUGCCAGCUUCCUUGCAGUAAAAACAUGAUUUUUAAGCAUUUUUCCUCCCUUAGACUGAGGGAAAACCUUCUUAUAGCAAAAAUAGAGGGAAAGGUAAGAUUAUAGACUUUUUCAGUGGGAAUAAUUGAAUUGUCUCAUGGAAAACUUUAGUUACUAUCAUGUAUCAGCUCUAACCUAUGAAACAGUGUUCCAUCCAGAUUAAAAUCAAGUUUAUUUAAAGAGCCAACUCAAGAAUUUUUUCUUAGCUAUGAAGAGAGCAGAGACAGGCUCCAUUCACUUGGAGUAAUGACAUGACAAGCAUAUUUUUUCCCUUUCGUUUAGUAAUUUUUUACCCUACAAGUAAACAUUUAUGUGCCAGUAUGUGCCAGAAAUUAAUAGAUGUUCGUCUUUGUUUCUGCUGUAUAUUUGCUCGUGUAUUUUAGUAGAAGGUCAAUUGUCAUUUAUUUCACUUUUGACCUCUGCUUCAUAGUGAAGUACAUUUAAAAUAAUACUAGUGGCAGGCUAUGAGGGGCUUUUUAAAAACAGGACUAUUUUCUGUCUGAAUCUCUGAAAAAAGUGCCGCAUUUGAAAGACAGUAAUGGUGGUUAAGAAAAUAAACUUCACUUUAUUUGUUUAUAAGAAACAAAUGUGUUAUGUGUCUCUAACUUCAAGCAGAAAUGAUAAUAUUGUGUUUCAGUGUUAUAGAUGGGUACGUUUGCAAAUCAAGGAUAAUUUUUGCAAGCUUGGUGUUUUAAUCUUUGAGAAUAUUCUAAUGCCAUUGAAACACACAUAUCUGAUUUCCCUGUCUAUGGACAUAUUACUGUUUAAAACUAUGGCAAUACUUAAGUGUUUUCAAAAUUUAGGUGCUAAAUAUAUACUCAUUAUUUUGUUACAGUCACAAGCUUCUCCUCUUGAAGUUAUAUAAAAUAAAAACUUCUGAUCCUUCAAGAAUAAAGUCAGGGGUCACAUGUUAUACUCUAUUGUUCGUCAAAAACUAUUUCUCCAAUAUGGGUAGGAUGUAUUUUUCUUGGUUUAUAAAUUUUAUCACUCAGGUUGAAAAGGCAUGGAUUUCAUUUUCAGAAAUCCAGAAUCUCUUAGAGAGAAAUAUUUUCUGUUUCUUAUAAACAAAACAGCACUCUUACAUUCAAAAGGAUUUUCCCUAGUGAAGCACGUGUAACAUUGAAUGCAUGUUAAAUACAGACAGAAUUUUUUACUUUUUGAACAAUGCUAGUUAUCUUUUAUGAAUGAUUUUGAAUUUCUCCUUAAAUAUACCUUAUUUUUCUAUGUUACGGUUAAGUGCCUCAUUUGCUUCCCAUAGUUACACAAAGAAAGAAUAACUUGUACUGCACUACUACGGAAAUGUUACUAAUUGGUACAUUCAUUUCUCAUAAAAGCUCCAAGUGUCAUGAUUCAGUAUUACCUACCUAGGUGUCUGCUGAUAUCUCUUUCCUCUUUCUUUUUUGUUUUUGAAAGUGACAAAACACAACUAAGUUAUUAUUUAAAAAGAAUUUCAUUUAAAGUUGCUGUCUCUACUGUUGGUUUACAAUACUAUAUAAAUUUCAGAAUUGUAGCUUCUACCUUGAUAGCCACACCUACCACCAAAGUUCUAGUACCAUUCACCAGUAUCCAGUUGACUCUCUCUACCCAUUCCUCCCAGCUACCCCUCAUCCCCUUCCCCUCUUGUAAAACAUCAUUUUGUUGUCAGUCUAAGGGCUUGUUUUCUUUUUUGUUUUGUUUGUUCAUUUCUUUAGACAACUACAUUAUUUUGAACAUUAGCAUUUGUCACUAGAGUUCCCUUUUUGCUUUUGCUUUGUUUUUCUAGCCAAUGAAUAUUUAGCAUCUUUUACUUAAAAAUCAGAAUAUGAUAAUAACUAAUGUUCUGCUCUUCAUUCUGUAUAACUUUUAUUAGUGAUUUGAAGUGCAAAAAUACUAAACAGCCCCUACUUUAACUGUACAGAUUAUUUGAAUGUAGUUAGAAUGAAAAUAAUGUGAACCAGAAUAUAGGAAACUUGAAUAGACUUAAUAUAUUUCAAUAGGUUUACAAUGUAAUUUAAAAAUAAUUUAUGUCACUACGAUACUUGGUCUUAGCUCUGGACUAUUUAUUGGUCUGGUUAAAGAGGAAAUGAAUGGGUUUAAUAAAAGUUUGGGAAGUUGAGCUUUAACACAAUUUUUGUAACAGAAAGGUUCGGUUGAACUGUGCUACUUAAGUUCGUAUUAGUUUGCUUGAUUUAUGGAAAAUUUAGUAUAUUAAUUAUUCCUGCAGAUGCACAGAAUCAUAACAUGUGAGAAUUGAAAGGAAACUUAAAUUGUCUGUUCUAAUCUCUGUCUUAAAGAUGAAACUAAGUCUUACGUCCUAAGAAGUUAUAUGACUUAUCUGAUCUUAUUGCUAGUUACUGUAGUUAUUGUAUUUCAAUUUUUUUUACAUACUGUUUACUAAUCUUUACAUUUAGUGAGCCAGAAAGGAAGUUUCCAUAUUUUCCAUUCUCUUUCAAAGAGAAAAAAAUUCUAAGAGUUAGAAUUCUAUACCUUGAGGUAAAAUUGAUUGGAGAAAAUAAGUUAUUCAGAUCCCUGAAUGAAAUUUUCCAAGAAAUAUGAUUUGUUUUAAAGAGUAAGAGUAGAAAUAAAAAAAAUUUAAAAAAUAACUACAUCUUGGAGUUCAUUUGUUUAAUAACAAAGUAUAAGAUUGCUGAGGUGUAUAAAAAUUUCUAGUGAAAUGAUGAGUGUGAUUAAAUUCCAUCUUCAGUUUUAUAGAACAACAGAUGUUAAAGUUUUAACUCCAGAUGUGCAGAAAACUAAUUAUGACAGCUGAUACAUGCACAGUGGGUCUUGUAAGUUUAACUAUAAAAGGCCUCAUAAUAUGCAUGUUUUAGGAAAAUCUUCAUUUAUCUAGUCACAUGGUUGUGUAUAUGCAGAUAACUUUAUUUUUGAAUAAUCUGGGUACCACUCUUGAGUGUAGGAAAUGAAUUUUCCUUUCAUUUGUUUUAUUUGGAUUAUUUUAAAUGUACAAACACCAUAAUAGUGUCUUUCCUGUUAUCUAUUUAAAUCUAAUUCCAUUAUUUUCAUAAACAAUAUGGGCUUAAGACGCACUAUCUCCCUUGGUACUUUUUUGGUGCAAAUUCUUAGAAUUGGAUUUCUGAAAAUAAUAUAAAAUAUAAAACCUGAUCUUGGAGAACUAAGACAUGUAAAAAGAGAAAAUAUGAGUCUGGUCAGUUUCUCAUUCACAAAUGAAAAGAAAGAGACUUCAGUGUUUUAGAUAUAUAUAUAUAUAUGGAUAUUUAUUGUUUUAAUUUUUAUAUGUAUAACCCCCUCAUUCAUGAAGUAAAGCAGAAAGGAACAUUGGAAACAUUUUUAAUACUGCUUUCACUGAUCAAACCUAUCGUGCCAUGUUAGGUUUAAAAGUCAAGUAAACAAGUAGUCCUCACAACCUUUGCUAGAAAUAGAUAUAAUUGUCUUUUUAAAAUGAAGUGCUUUUAAUUUGUGAAUGAGUAUAAAUCAUACUGAAUUUUAAUUCCAUAAUUGAUUUUAGUAGAUAGCAGGAAUCACUCUAGUUGCUUUAAUUUACUAAUUA